UUGGGCACAAGAUGGCCGCUACGCGCCGGGAGCUCCGGAGUCCGAGCUCCCCGACCCCGGAGUCGCGAUCCCCAGAGCUGCCGGACCUGGUCCUGGUGCCCGAUGACGGCCGCCCCGCCACGCCCCCGAGUGACCUCAUCGAGAUCCAGGUGGUGAAGGUCACAGACACCACGCUGGUUCCCGAGCCCCCGGAGCCAGGCUCUUUCCACUGCGCCUUGUGCCCGGCCGCCUUCCGGCUGGUGUCCGAGCUGCUGUUCCACGAGCACGGCCUGGUGCUGGCCGCGGCGGCGGCGGGCGCGGCCGUGGGCAAACCCUUUGCCUGCAGGUUCUGCGCCAAGCCGUUCCGCCGCUCCUCCGACAUGCGGGACCACGAGCGGGUGCACACGGGCGAGCGGCCCUAUCACUGCGGCGUGUGCGGCAAGGGCUUCACACAGUCCUCGGUGCUCAGCGGCCACGCGCGGAUCCACACGGGCGAGCGCCCCUUCCGCUGCGCGCUCUGCGACCGCACCUUCAACAACUCCUCCAACUUCCGCAAGCACCAGCGCACGCACUUCCACGGGCCGGGGCCGGGGCUGGGGUCCCCGGCCUUGGCGGCCGAGGGGGCAGGGGGCGUGUGCGGGGCGAGCCACCCGCGGGAGGAGGGGUACCGGGACGAGGCGAAGGCCGAGGUUGACCAGUAGGCCGGGACAGCGGGUCAAGGGCAUUAACUUGAUGUUGCGGGGCAGGGGUGUGGGGAAACGGAGGCAAUGACGAAGAGGAGAGCAGGAGCAGCGUCUCUGCGCAGCAGCACGCAAGGGCCAGGCUCUGGACGUCCAGAAGCCCACACUACGCCUAUGCGAGGCCCAGAUAAAGAGCAGCAGCCCUGUGGUGCACGGCUGCAUGCGAGGAGCACGGGGAAUUUCCUGCCUCUUUUGCAUCCCUGUUUGGUUGUCUGUGUGCGGGACACAGCGUGUCACAGCAGAGUAGGCACGACAGAGGGAGGGGACUGGGGCCACACUCCUGGCCCCGUCCUUCAUCUGCAGAGCCCUAGACUGUCUUGGGGGUCCCCGGUGGACCAGGAUGGAAUCUUUUGCCUACCUCACCGGAUUGCACUGGACCUGGGAAGACGACCCACCCCCAGGCAGAACAUGCCCAGCGGGUGAUGUGUAAAGACUCUAGGAUCCCGUCACUCAGAGCCAUGGGUCCCUAAGUCACAGCUGGAAGCCCUGGAGGAUGUAAGCCUGACCUUAGGAUCCCUGCUUCCCCAGCCCCCAGGGUGGUCCCUCUUUAACCCAUCCGGAACCCUGGUCAGAUACAACUAAGAGCACGCCCAGCAAGCAACCACCUACCACCCUUCCCUAAGCUGUGGCGCAGCCAGUGCUCCCCACAGCUACAAAGUAGCCUCAGGUUUCUCUAAUUUCCUCCACUUGGAAUUGGACAGCUACUGCCCGAUCCCAGGCAAUCCGGAAGAAGGGCGGGUCAGUGCAGGGGCGGGGACAGGCGCAGGCCUGGGGAGCUGUAGACGCGGAAGCUGCAGUCUUCUGUUCCUAUUAAAGGACUGUGUGAAGGGC